GUGGAGAAGUGGAGAAGUGGAGGAGCUGCUGCGGCUGUGGAGGAGGGAAGCCGCUGAUGUGCGCCAGCGGAGCGGACACAAAAUGGACAGCAUCCUGAGGGAAGUCUGGAGCGGACAGAGGAACCGAGCAGCGGGCAGCCAGUCCUGAGACGCACCGACCCAAACUGCGGUGGUGCGGUGCGGUGCGGUGCGCACAUCUGGCUUCACGCGCAGAGAAGGUGAACUUUAUUGGGCUGGAAUCGCUGGCCCGGGUCUGUCAGUCCACCAGUAUUGUGAGCCGACAGCAGUAAACCGUCCACAGAUCUGAUCUGGAUCCACUGGAUCUGGAUCCACUGGAUGCGGACUUCACCUUCCAGGCGAACAUGGUGAGGCGGACGCGUCUGUACGCAAGGAUGCGCGGAGCUCGUCCAGCUGUCCAGGUCACGGAUUUGAAUCCGAUCCAUUCAGUUCAAUGACAUCUGGACCCAAACACACUAGAGCACCAGGAAUUAGACCGGACCGAUCUCACAUGCACUGACCGCAAAGGAGGGAGCUGCGCGUUCAUGCGCACACAAGUUUGUCAGCUCUUUUUCCCGGUGUGUUUCCAUCCAGCUGAGGCUGAAGCUGAGGCUGAAACUGAGGCUGAAGCUGAGGCUGAAGCGGAGGCAGAGGAGCAGCAGACUCACCCAAAGCCAGUCCGCUUCAGGGGAACAGUGCUGUGUUGAACUGGAAACGCUGGUCCGUGUGGGACGCACUGGCUCGGACUGUUGGUCUGCUGACCAUGGACUGAGAGGAGCUGAGGAGGAGGAUGCAAGGGAGCUGAGACUGAGAAGAAGCCCACAGAAGAGCAGAGGAGGACUGAGACCCGUGCUCGGCAGCUCUAGUCCUACCAUGGCUUCGGUUGUGGACGGCGGCUGCUCCAUGGAGCUGAGCGGCUGGAACAGCAGCGGGGGGGGCGGUGGGGGCGCAGCCUCCAUUCCCUGCAACGAGAGCGUCCUGAAGCUGGCCCCCUACUCCCCUGAAGCCACGGCGGCCUUCGCCACCGCCAUCACCCUGAUGGUCCUGUUCACCAUCGUGGGGAACAUCAUGGUCAUCAUCGCGGUCCUGACCAGCAGGUCCCUCCGGGGUCCGCAGAACCUGUUCCUGGUGUCCCUGGCGGCCGCGGACAUCCUGGUGGCCACCCUCAUCAUCCCCUUUUCUCUGGCCAACGAACUGCUGGGCUACUGGUACUUUAAGUCCCUGUGGUGUGAGAUCUACCUGGCCCUGGACGUGCUCUUCUGCACCUCCUCCAUCGUGCACCUGUGCGCCAUCUCUCUGGACCGGUACCUGUCCAUCUCCAGGGUUACGUACGGUCGCCAGCGGACCCCCAGACGCAUCAAAGCCGCCAUAGUGGUGGUGUGGCUCAUCUCCGCCGUCAUCUCCUUCCCUCCUCUGCUGUCUCUGAAUAAAAGUGAGGGGGGGGACCAGGGCACCGACAGGGGCCCCCAGUGCCAGCUGAACGAUGAGCGCUGGUACAUCCUGUACUCCACCAUCGGCUCCUUCUUCGCCCCCUGCCUCAUCAUGAUCCUGGUCUACGUCCGAAUCUACCAGAUCGCAAAGCAGAGGACCCGGUGCCCCCCAGGGGAGCCCCGGAAGGAGGGGGCCGGCAGCGCCACCCCGGGUCAGCCUCCCAGACACGUCCAGGCCAACGGGAAGGACGAGGAGGAGAGCACCCCCCCCUCAUCCAACAAAACCUCCAACAGCAGACCCCCCACCCUAGCCAUCACCCCGUCCCCAUCCCCAGGAGAACCUGAACCCUCCCAGGACCCCACCCCCAAUAAUCUGCUCCAACCUCCGUCACCGUCCAGAGUCACAGCCUCUCACGGGCCCCCCUCCUCCGGGCCCCCGUCGACCCCCGCCCAGACCACAGAGCCUGGGGGGCAGAAGGGCAAACGGCAGAAGAGCAGAGCGGACAACAACAACGGGGACAGUUCCAGCACGGAGAGCGACCUGGAGCACAGCCAGGGGGGGGGCCGGGGCAGCGCCAGCAUGCCCGGCUCACCUGCAGGGGGGGGGGUCCACUCCCCGGCCUCGGUCAAGCGCUACAGAGAUAUGAUCGCCACCUCCAAGGGGGCUCGUCUGGUCCCGGGCAGGAAGUCCAAGUCGGACAGCACCCCCGGAGCGGCCCGGCGCAAAGCCAUGGUGAACAGGGAGAAGCGCUUCACCUUCGUCCUGGCCGUGGUCAUAGGGGUGUUCGUGGUGUGCUGGUUCCCCUUCUUCUUCUCCUACUCUCUGCAGGCAGUGUGCCCGGUCACGUGCGCCAUCCCAGACCCCCUCUUUAAGUUCUUCUUCUGGAUCGGAUACUGCAACUCCUCCCUGAACCCUGUCAUCUACACUAUCUUCAACAAAGACUUCCGCAAAGCCUUCAAGAAGAUCCUGUGCAGAAGCACCAAGGGGACCUUCUUUUAACACACACACACACACACACACACACACACACACACACACACACACACACACACUAUAACACAGGAACAUUUCUGAGGCAUCGAACUCAAUCAUUUUCAGUUUUUCACCACAAAGGGCUGUUUGAAAAAUAUCUACAAUAUUGAAAAUCCAUUUUUGGGAAUUCCGGCACAGAAUUCCGGCACAGAGCCAUCCUGUUAGAGCCCCAGUCCAACUGGCAGACUGUGGACUGGGAGAGUCCAGCUCUCAGCUGAUGAACUCAUCCAUCUGUCUGCAGGGUGUGAGGUGAAGGCAGGGCAGAGUGGACACACAAGUGGACCGGACCAAACUGACCACAGUGUUCAGGAACACAAGUGGACCGGACCAAACUGACCACAGUGUUCAGGAACACAAGUGGACCGGACCAAACUGACCACAGUGUUCAGGAACAUUUCUAAAGCGUUCUGUCACAUGUUGUGAACCACAGUUUGUGCUGAAAACAGACUGGUGCAGCAUCACAGAAGAACUGAACACACUCGGUAUGGGAGGAGGAAACUGGCAGAAGGCUUGAAAUCGGUUCAAAAACCAGCCCUGCGUAUGAACACAGACCUCUUCAUAAAAUAUAUCAUGUGUACAUUUUUUGUGUUUGAAUGUAGGUCUACUGCAGAAAGAAAACUGGUAAAAAAAAAAAAAAAAGGCAGUUAAAGUGACCUUAGUUUCUUCUGAGCCUAAGGCCCUUUAUUUAUCAGCACAAAGCACAAGGAGCGCACAAGGUUAGUGGUGAUUUCUUACGUCUGCAGUCUUAAUUCGUCCAGCUGGGGGGCAAACAUGUGUUUCUUGAUUUUUAUCUGAAAAGCGCCAACAAGUAAAGAUUUGUUGAUGCCAGAACACAAAGACAGAGCAACCUUUCAACAUGCCCAAGUGCAGACUUAGCUCUCAGACUGUCAGGACACCUUCUGCUUUGGCUGGUGGGGGUGUGCAUGCGGUGUGUGUCCAGGAGGGGAGGGGUCAGACUCUCAGGUUGUUUUUACUGACACUCACCUCUUGACUUUUCAUGAAAUGCAAAACAGCCGUUUUUGUGUGCUGGGGUUAAUGAAAUGAAAGACAAGGACAAACAUAUCAGAUGUUAAAAGACAUGUUCUAAGUACAACA